AUGGCCUCAAUUCCGGCGACGACGACCACCGCCGCCAUCCUCGUAUGCGUCCUCUUCUGUGCCACGGCUGACACUGCCGUCGCCGUCGCCACCGACAACCCCGACCUCCCCGACUACGUCAUCCAGGGCCGCGUGUACUGCGACACGUGCCGCGCCGGGUUCGUGACCAACGUCACCGACUACAUCGCGGGCGCCAAGGUGCGGCUGGAGUGCAGGCACUUCGGCACCGGCGAGCUCGAGCGCGCCAUCGACGGGGUGACCGACGCGACCGGCACGUACACGAUCGAGCUCAAGGACAGCCACGAGGAGGACAUCUGCCAGGUGGUCCUGGUGCAGAGCCCGCGCGAGGACUGCGACCAGGUGCAGGCGCUCAGGGACCGCGCCGGCGUCCUGCUCACCAGGAACGUCGGCAUCUCUGACAGCCUGCGCCCCGCCAACCCGCUCGGCUACCUCAAGGACGUGCCGCUGCCUGUCUGCGCCGCGCUGCUCAAGCAGUUGGACUCGGACGACGACGAUGAUCAGUAA